AUUGUUUCUAAUAUCAAACAUCUUCCAAUUGAGCCCUUUAUACGUUGAAGCCGGAUCCUUGAAAUACAGUAAUGAUCCAUUAAUGUCAGUACUAAGUGCACGUCCUCAGGAGUAUGCCGCGACAAAGGUAGCUGCCGGCUCACCGGCGUUGAUUGCAGUUGAUCCCACCCACGCCGGUCUUGCCACAGCAGUUAAUACCGCAGCUUCGGAUGUGGCAGCCGCUAGUAUGCUCGAUAGUCAAACAGAUACCGGAGGUGAAAUUAUUGCACCCAAAUGGGAAAGCCCAUUAAGUGCACAGGAGCCGACAUGCGAACAAUUGCGAGCCAUGUGGAUAUUUUCAAAGAGACAAUCCAGAGCUGCAGAAGUUACGAACGAAAUACCAACAUAUCGCGAUCCUUUUGUUUAUAACGUAUGGGACCCAUUUUACUCGUCUACUCGCAGCUUUGGGGGAAGUGUACCUAUGUUAGCGGGAUAUGCUGAUCGUUCUCGUCCGCCAGUCUUCGGCAGGGUGGUUAGCCUGGAGCCUAUCCUAUCACAACGUGUCAGUAUUGGUCAUCGCCAAAGAUUAUAUGGAAUCGAUGGAAGUAAUUAUGGUGGCAUGCCUCCACGCAUUUAUGGGUCGGAAGCGAAAACAACAUCGAGCUAUACUGGCGGCGGCGGUGGCACUAGCUCGCGGCGCCUUUCGAAAUAUCGUCACGUAGGCUCAAAUGGUUCGGUAGGUGCAGGAGUUACUGGAGGUAAUCAGAACUCAGUCAAUGUUCAAGGUAGUUUCCAGCGAUUGAAAGAGCUUAUUUGGACCGAGCGCGCCAAGGAACUAACACAACAAAGAAAAGCCGAAGAACUAGCAGCACGUGCAGCCGUUCUCAAAGAAAUAGCAAAAGGUCAAAAUAUUCAUUCGUCUUAUAAGCCCUCAAAAUCCGAAUCGCCGUUGAUGGAUGAAAAUCGUAGCCCCGAUCAAAAUGUAUAUCAACAUUUAGUCGAUGGUCGCAUUUCCAUUGCCACUGGGCAAUCACAUUAUACAGAGAACAAUUAUAACAAUAAGAAAAACAGUAAAUUAUAUUUGAACAACGCUACCAGCAGCAAUAGACGUAAAAAUGGUAGGAACGGUAAGCCUGGUAACAGCAUUACCGAGGGGAAAAACCUUGGGCUCUCCUCCUCCCUGCGUAGUUAUUUCACAAAUACUAACAAUGUUGAUAAGCUAAGGUCAUUACCGCGACUUACAAAAGAGGGCACUGGACCCGCGGCAACAGUUCCUCGUAGAACAUACUCUAUGGAUGAAGAACAUAGCAUGGGUAUAUCGAGGGUAUAUGCACUACGCCCAUCACACUUCCGUGAACGCAACCGCGUAUUAUUAAGAGAGGAUACACCAUUAGAAAAGAGCUCGAACACAGCCCCAUUUUCCCGAAAGAUUCGAGCACAAUUAAAAUCCGACAUACACAACGGAGAGGCAAUGUUGUUGCAGAGCUUCGUAGAGAGUCUGAACCGCUUCACGCUUACGCCAGCCAAUAAGAAGAAAUACGAUAUGAAAAUUGGUAAGGAUGCAUUUUUAUACAAGUUCCACCCUAAUGAGCCCGACUUCCGCUCACUGCCGUCAAUCGGAAAAGCAGUAAACAAGUCAUAUAUAGACAAAAUAACCGAUAAGUAUGACAUUUAUGAACCACCAGUCACGAGAAAAAAAGAUUGCGAUGAAGUGAACACAGGUCCUCAGGUAUUCUUGACAUACUUCCAUCCACAAACAGAUUAUCCAGGAACUGCUAAGAUUGAUGCCGUUGAAUUUUAUGACUACGACAACUAUUAAUAAUUACACUAAAAUAGUAAUAAAGCUUUUAAGGCUGUAUAAAUGUUCACUACAGCAACACAGGUGCGUAGAGUAGUUAAUUAAACAAGUAGCGGAAAGCAGGAUCUAUCGAGUGCGGAAAACAUUACAAUAUACGGUUAAUAAACUGAACCAUACACUCGUAUGUCUGUCUAUACAUGUGUUUAUAUAAUAUUUUCAAUUUCAAAAAAUUGGAGAAUAGUUAUUAUAGUUAUAUGUUUGUAUGUAUCUAUCAAAUGUACAAGUAAAAACAAAUUAAUAUUAUAUUUUAGAUAUUUUGCGUUUAUCAUGCCAAAGUUACAUCGUUUGUAAAUUAGUUUAAUCGGCGAUCUCCUGUCACACAUAAUCAGACGUUGAAAUAUUUUUUUCAAUUAAACUAACUAAUUUUCCAUUAUUUGGAUGUUGAUCGGAACAGCACUCAAGCCCGAUGUUUCCGAAUCGUAGCGGAAAUGAAGUAUUUGUUAUUUUAUCCUUCAAUUUGCUUAUACUUCGGAACACAGAAGGUCUCUCAUCUUUGCAUGGGACAUGAGGAAAGUGUAUAAAUUUCAACGAAAAUAUUAGAGAUUGCAACGAGUUCCAAAACUAAUAACCUUAUACUUUUAUUUUCAUAUAUCACUAUUAAUUUUUGCUCCGGAGAAAGGAAAAUCGCUUCAGCUGUUAGAAAACCCCAGCCCCAAGAAUAUUUAUUUAUAUAUGUAGAUGUGUAGAUCGGCAGUUAUAUUAUGCUAUUCUUUACUUUAUUUUAUAAAUUAAAUGUCAUUAUUGAGUGAAGGAGCGUUUUCAUUUAUACCGUACUGACAAAAAGUUUUAAUAAGGAAGUCAAAUCAAGGACUAUUUAUAAAAUUUUCAUUAAUGAAUAUUAGGAGGCUAAUCAUUGGAACGGUAGUAAAACUCUUGCUUCACAAUAUUUCGCUGUUCUUUAUUUAGAAUCAAAAAUCAACUUGCAAUGUGCGAAACAAUAUACAUAGAUGAUUACACUCCACGAACACGGCAUUUUCGCCCAUCGGGUACUUGACAUAAAUGCAAAUUCUUGCCCUACAAAUUUUACCAGAAUUUCAGGGAUAAUUGCUAGGGAUUGUUAUCAAAUAAUAAAAAAAAUUGUACAUUUUGGAAUUCGUUAUAAAUCUGCACUUACCAUGUAAAAAUUCUCAUAUUUGCUUACACUGGCUUUACUCAUAAAGCCUAUUCUGCCGAGGUAACAAAAUUACUGUUAUCAGUAAAAUAAAUUUUGUUACUUUUCUUU